GCCGCCUCGCCGCCAUCUUGAGGCGCCGGGAGCCGCGGGGGCGGUGCCGGUACCGGUGCCGGUGCCGUGGAGGUUGCAGCGGCUGGAGCCCCACGCAGGAGAAGGAAGAUGCAGAAAUAAUCACAAUUUUUCAACUUCCCUGAUGCUCCAGAGGAUGAGCGAUCUUUAUAGAAGCCAGACUGUAAACUUUAAAAGCAACAAAAAGACCCCUUGUCACUUAUUAGUUGAUACAGACAACUCGCUAAUGUCCCGGUACAGCCACUUAGAGAAGAUGACAGACUUGGUGGCCGUUUGGGAAGUAGCUUUAAGUGACGGUGUUCAUAAGAUUGAAUUUGAACAUGGGACCACAUCAGGAAAACGUGUUGUCUAUGUUGAUGGAAAGGAAGAAAUAAGAAAAGAAUGGAUGUUUAAAUUAGUAGGUAAAGAAACAUUUACUGUUGGAGCAGCUAAAACAAAAGCCACUAUUAACAUUGAUGCAGUCAGUGGCUUUGCAUAUGAAUAUACUUUGGAUAUCAAUGGGAAAAGCCUAAAGAAGUAUAUGGAGAACAGGUCAAAAACAACUAAUACAUGGGUACUGAGUUUGGAUGGCAUGGAGUGUAGAGUUGUUCUAGAAAAGGACACUAUGGAUGUAUGGUGCAAUGGUAAAAAAAUGGAAACGGCGGGUGAAUUUGUAGAAGAUGGGACUGAAACUCACUUCAGUGUUGGUGAUCACAACUGUUGCAUUAAGGCUGUCAGUAGUGGGAAACGAAGGGAAGGAAUUAUUCAUACCCUUAUUGUGGAUGACAGAGAAAUCCCAGAGGCUGUGGAGUAGACUCUAGUUAACUGAUUAUUGUAGGACUAAGAUCAGGAAUUUUCAAUUACUGUGGUAAUUAUUUUAAUAUGUACUACUUGUACAUCUACUUUGUGCUGGUUUUAUUUUCUAGCUUCUGUAUCUGAAAUUCAUCUUUUUGAGGACCAGAUGAAAAUAAUUAUAUACAACCUUCUACAUAAUCUUUUUAUUAUAUAUAAAAUAAUAAGUGCAAGGAGAGCAGAGGUGGACUUGAGUAGAAAUUAUAUAUUAGAAAAACUGCUAUAAUAAAAUGCAAGAUCCAUAUUCA